UUGUUCCCGCCCGCUCUCCCAUGAGUGCCCCCUCCUGUUGACCUGUCACCAUGGCAAUAGUGCACCUCUGGGAUUUCCUCUUGUCCUUUCAAUUUUUGAGCCGUUAUUAACGCAUUAAAGAGUCUUACUAUUACCUGGUAACAUGUCCAUUUAUAAAACGGAAGUAUAUUGUUCGAGUUAAACUUUAAAGAGAGAAGAUGUCGGAUAUAUUGUGCAGGUGGCUGAACGAGGAGCUCCGGCUGUCAAAAGCUGUUGACCCAAAGACCUUUACUAAGGAUUUCUCCAGUGGUUACCUCAUUGGGGAGGUUCUGCAUAAAUAUCAGUUGCAGAAGGACUUUAGUAUGUUUAUGAAGAAAGACACCGCCAUCUCCAGACUGAAUAAUUUUACCCGUGUUGAGCCUACUCUCCAGUUACUGGGGAUCUCUUUUGACAUAAACACAGCCCAGGACCUGAUGCAGGAGAAGCAGGGUGUUGCCACACGCCUGCUUUACCAACUCUACGUCUCACUUGAAAAUAAGAAGAAAGCGGAAAUCAGCGGCACAUUGAUGGAAAUUAUGCAGCCUGCAGCCGGUGCUGUCCUGCACAAAAAAGAGCAUGAGAUCUACUCUGAUCGACUGCAUCGAGUUGUGAAACGCGAUGCAGAGCUGAAGCUACAGAAAAUUUCUCAGCACUAUGAGGAGAAAUGCCAACAACUGAAUGACAGGUUUGUGACGCCCCAUCCCAUCCAGCAAAGGAGACAACUCAGAGUCCAGGAUGAAAAGAGAAUGAAGAAUAUUGAGAAGCUGCGUGCAUGUCAUCAGAAGCACAAAGAGAUCAUGUCUUGUGACCAGGCCACUACUUUCCAGGUGCCCAGGCCACCUCCGUACACUUUACAGCUCAACCUAAAGAAGAGACAACAGCAGCAUCAACGUAGAGAACAGCAAGCACAGACGGUCCAAACUGAAAUAGCCAAUUUUGAGACAAGGAAGAAACUGGUUACAAAUGGUUUUGCUUUUUCAAGCUCUAGUGGUCAGCCCUUCCCUGAAGAUUUUCCCCUUGGUGGCAGCGGCCAGGGCUUUGUGGUCCCAGGAAGUGGAAAUAAACUGAUAUUACAAUCCAAUAGCAAAUACAUACAGGAUAUCCGACAAAGGCUGGAGGAGAAUGCUGUUGCUCGUGAGCAGAGAGAGAAAAGACGAGACAGAUUCCUGGUGGAGCAGCUCAAGGCCCAUGAAGCUCAAGAGGAGGCACGGCGAGAGGAGCAGCUGGUGAAGCGUCUGACACGUCAGACUCAGCAGGAGCAGAGAUUGGCAACUCAGCUCCUCCAGAUACGAGUGCAGAAAGAUGUGAUCCGGAAGAACCGCCAGUUCAGAGAGCAGCAGUACCAACAGCGGAGAGAGAGGGACUUCCAGGAAGCUCUGGAGAGGGAGGCGGCUUUGGCUCAGCAGGCUAAGUUGGACCUUGCCGAAGAGAUCAGACAGGAGCUUGAAUUCUGUAACAGGAUUGCUGCUGAGCGAGCUCAGAUCAGAUACAAGAAGCACUUUAAGAGCUGCAAGGACAUUUUGGAGCAGAUUGUGGACUUGGCAACCAAGGUUGGAGAAUAUCGACUGCUCACUGGGAAUCUGAUUCCAGAGAAGCCGAUGAGAGAGUGGAAGGAACUGCUGUUCAGUGGUCUGCCUCUCUAUAAACCGAUGAAGUGCCAGCAGCCAGGGUUUGAGUUCAUUACCCCACUGGACCCUGUAGAGCUUAAGAAGCAGGAGAUAUUAAAAAACCAGGACUAUGAGGAAUAUACUAACAUGGUAGGUGAAUGGGCAUGGCCAGAGGAAGCAGGAGAGAUAAAAUUAACUCUGGCCCACAACGACAUUCUUGGACAUGUUGUCCUCCGACUGAGGAACAUUGUUCAUCCACCCAUCAUGGAACCCUCCUCACCUUCAUUACCUCACUUUACCAUCAAAGCCUGUGUCCUGGGCAAGUUUUGCUCAGGCAAAACCACCUGCCUGGAAAAGCUCGCUAGAGCCCAUGGCAUCUAUGUCUUAUCAGCUGACACACUAAUUGAGGAGGCUCUGAAUGCUUACCGGAAUGGAGAGGAGGAUGUACAGGUCACAGAGCAACAGGAAGAGAAGGAAAAUGAGAAACUGCUCACAUCUUCCACAUCACUAAAUCCUGAUAUUUACACUCAAGAUGAAAGUACAAACAUCAAUGUAAAAUUGUCUACCCGGGCCUUGCAGGGAGCAGCUGCAGAAAAAGAGCUAAGGAAAGGCAACGCCAUCCCUAAUGAGCUAUUAGUGGACAUAAUAGUAGAAGCUAUCAGGCAGGUUCCACCUCAGUCAGGCUGGAUCCUGGAUGGCUUUCCAUUUGACAUCACCCAGGCUUACCUGCUGGAGAAAGCCCUGGGUGGGUCUGUAGAUGUUGGGAAUGGCGUUGUAAGCAGCAGGAUAAACCUUGCUGCUGAUCCUAAUCCACCCAAACCUCCCCCACCCCCAAGUCCCGCACUGGACCUGGCUCUGCUGCUGGAGAUUCCUGAUAAGUGUGUGAUCAGUCGUCCAUUCAGUCAGACAGAAACAGAUAAGUCUGCUGCUGCUACAACCUCCCACCCCAAAGACAAGAACUUGUAUCUGGCACAGAUUCCACACAGGAUCACAGCUUUUCAAGACACAUGGCCAAAACUGGAGAAAUGGUUUGGUGAAAAGCAAAACAUUUUGGUCCGUAUUGAUGCAGAUGUAGAGGAGGAAGAGCUUUACAAAAGGGUGGAGUCUGUGCUGCAGCAAGUUAUGAUGCAAACACAGAAAGAUGUAGUGUUUGACAGUGGGGAAGCUCCAGACUCCUCCUUUUCAGCUACACCUCCACCAUUUAACCAAUCUCCAGCCCUCGCAGAUGAAGCCCCUGGCCAAACAGAGUCCUAUUCCCGCCUUAACGAGGAAAAAGCCCAAAGUGUGAAGUCACAUUCCAAAUCCAACACAAACUCCCCCCGAGGGCCCUCUAGGAAGGCAUCAACUUCCUCAUUGACCAAUGAGAACUUUCAGCGAGUCCCCAAGAACCCACCUGAAUCUGCCUCUUCCUGCUCAGGGUCAACCAGCCGGGUCUAUAUGGAUCAACCUAUUCCUCCAGAGAUCACAGAGUACCUGUGCUCCCACUGGGACACAGUGUGUGAUUCUUAUGUGAACAACGUAAAGACACUGAUGCAGCAGCUGCGCUCACAACGCACUGUUCUUAACCAUCACCUAUUCAACAUCAGAGAGGAAUACAAACAUUUCCUGGGGCGUCCAGACUUGAAGCAGGAGUUAGUGUCUCAUUGGCAGAAGGACUUCAACAGCAUAGCUGACAAUAUGAGAGAAGAUGAAGAUACCAAAGCAGAGCUACAUCUGAGACUUGAUGAACUAUGUGAACGUUUGUGGGACAUUAGUGACAAACGUAAGGAGGAGGACGAGCAAGAGAGGGCUGCUCUCAUGGGUAAUGGCUGGUUGGAGGAACUCAUCAACUAUCACUCUAUACUGAUGCAGGUGGAGUUGGAUCGUUUCCAGGACACACUCUAUAUUCUCAGGGUCUACUAUUUGAGCAUGUACAGACAAGUGCUGCCUGAGCUACCCCCCAAGUUGGAUUUGAUCCCCCUACUAGACCACCCUGUAAUUAAAGAUCAGAACGAGAGUACUGAACCAGCGGCCACAAGUGUGUGUAGUCAGAUGGAUGACGGAGAGGACAAGAGGAAAACAAAACUACGUCCUGACUCCAAGACAAAAAUGCCCAAUCACACAGAAACUGUUAAGCAACCCCAUGAGAAACUGAUCUACGACUACGAGGAGGCACUCACAGCCAUCAGCAAAUUGGUGUCAACAGAAACCUACCAGGGAGAGCCAAAAGAGCAGGAAAAAGGGAAGCAUAAUCAAGAAGUCAGAAACAAAAUACAUAAAGAAUAUGUAGCUGCACUGGAUCACGAGGAGAAAACAGCAAAGUUGCGCAUUGCGCUGGUGAAAGGUCAUGGUCUGGUGAUGGUGCACUCCCUGCAAAGCAGAGCAGAAGAAACAUUAAGCACCAUGGAGAAGUGGUUAGAAGCACACUAUCUUGCUGACAUGAAGAGUAUUGACCAACUAUCAGUAGUAGUUCGCCACCACAUAGAGGCUGGUGUUAAGUUGCAGAAUGAGCUGGUGUUGGAAUGUAAUGACUUCUAUCUGAAUGGAGACUGCCACAUGGUGGCUAGCCCGGCUCCCCCUCCCCGUCCACCUCCUCUGGAGAAACCCACACGGUCCACCCCAACCAUCACUCAGCUAGAGUCACUCCACCAACAGCUAUGCAAUGUUGCUCCUUCAGGCCUCAUGUCCAGUUCUGAGUUCUCCAGUUUACUCAGGAAUAUCAUCUCCGUUAACAUGGGCAGAAACACCUUGCCUGAACCCUGGAUUAACAAGAAUGAAACACAGUUGAUGGAGAUUGUAUCUCUGCUUGUGGACAACUAUGAGCUGGUAGACUGGCGUCGGUUUCUGCUCAGUGCUGCCCUGCCUUGGCCGUUUCCCUCCUUAUCACAGCUGCUGGCUGUACUUCAACGUUUCAAGGCAGCAGAUACCGGCGACACAGGCUAUAUAAACGAGGAACAGUACCUACAGACAGAGUUGUGGUUUUCCAAUGAGAGUGUCCAACCCGUCCCAGAGGACCCCUCUCAGCCUCUACCUUAUGACCGCCUGGCUAACCUACGCAAGUUCUUUUUCCAGUUGUUUGCGGACCACUCCUUCUCCCCCCCUCGACUGGACUAUGUGUCAAUGCUGCAGUACUUUGCAGCCGACCCUCAGCCCAGACAGGGCUUCAUCAGAGCACUUAGUGUAGUGCUGGGACAACAUCUCAAACACUUCUCACCGGGCCAUCUUGUCAAGUCUAUGCCCAGUAUAGAAGAGGCUACAGAGCUCAGCGCCUCAGAACUCGACGGAGACUACAAGGAAGAAGAAACUCCGUGUGCAUCAAGCAGUUCAUUAGGGGAGCAGAUAGUGUCCAUCCCUGCUCUCCUUGCUGUCAUCUGCCACAAAGUCGCCAAGAUGAAAGACAACAAGCACCUUCCUCCAGGCUGCCUGAGUCAGGAGGAGCACACUGAGCAACUUGUGCAGAUCUUCAGAGAGCUGGGCUACAAGCCUGAGGACUGUGUCCCCUUCUCCAGUCUCUCUCAGCAUCCUAUUAUCCAGGACCUGAUGGAAACCUUAACACACUACCAGCUUGUAAACAUUCAUAGAGUGCUAAUGGCCCAUCAAGAUGAAGGAGAAGCUAACAGCUUGACAGUUCCCUAAAGGAUACAGUAAAUAUACGUACCUAGGAAAUGCAAAAUAUGUUGCUUUUGCCAUUUGGAAGUACUCUCUAAUUGUACCUUUGAAAUAUUUGCUGAAAUGUAUUGCUUACUUCAGUAUUUAAUAAAUACAUUUGCAACCACAA